AUGAGUUUAUUAAUGAAAUUAAGGAAGAAUAUCAAUUAAGAGGAACAUAAAUGUAGCCCUGUUACAAAAACGAUAUGCAAACUCAGUAACAUAUAUAUUGAUAUAUUUAUCAGAGUAAAGAGAUACUCAACAUUAAAUUUCAAAUAAAGUUGUUCUUCCUAUUCUUACGGUACCUAGGCCCCUUUCUACAUUUAUUAAAUCAGCAGUUGAAUUAAAAUUAGCAUUGUCAUGUUCACAGGAGCGUUGUUUAGGCGGUUUAAGAGAAAAUCCUUGCACAUACAAUUAUAAAGUUUGUAGAGUUGAUCAAUAUGCUGACUUGUUCUUUUUUAGCUUAGAACAAUAUGAUAGAGAUUAAUUCUCAAAGUAAUAGGUAUGUUAGCUUAUAAAAAACAUGAAUGAUCAAUAUAGUGAGUAAGCAUUAGAAUGUGUCGAAAAUAGAUUUAAGAUUCUUGACAAUUUUAAAGAUUAAACAUUACUAUCAGAAAAUGAAUUACUUGAAUUAGAAAAAAUAGUAUCUCAAUAUCCUUUCUAAUGCACCAUCUAAAAUGUUAAUCAGCUCAAUAGUGUCUUAUCAUAAAGAAUUUUAAAUUAAAAAUUCUUGGAUGUAAUGGGUAUAACAAAAGAUAUGAUGUUUGACCAUUUAAAGGAAACUCAAGCUUUACCAACUAUUUUCAAUUUGGAUGGAACCUUAAAAAAUUGGUGCGAACUUGCGAAAUAUUCUGUUGAAGGAAGAGAAUACUUUGAUUUUUAUUUAAAUACCUAUGAAGGAGCCCAAUACAAAUGUAAAGUUGAAUAGAAAUAGAUUUUUAAAUAAUCAUCUCUAGACCCAAAUUAAAUUAUAUUUAUAGAGUUCCGAAUUAUUCAUAUUGAUCCCUCCUCAAUGAAAAGUUUGUAUAGGUAGGAAAGAAUUCUAAAAAAUCAUGCUGAAUAUUUUAAUCUGAAGAAUAGUGAUUUAGUUUUAAAUUAAUUUAAAACUUAAACCAACUAUUUGGAUGCCAAAAAUUACAAAAUAACAAGACCUUGUGGACAUAAAAAAAUUGAUAAAAUAAUUCCAUCUUGA